AUGAGCAGCUUUGACAUUGUCGUCGUCGGCUGUGGUGGUGGACCGAGCGAACACAAUCUGUCGAGCUACUUGCUCAAAGCCGCCGACGCGACCUGGGAGGACGGCAUCGUGGCUCUGGAAGCAGGCUCUGGCAUGGGCGCGCUCACGAAGCUUCUCGGAUCGCGUCCGGACGCGUUCGCAAAUCCCGGGUCCACCCCCGCUGAUUCCGAUGGGCCGCCUGCGCUCAAGACUGCCGCCGACGUCUACGCUCGAAUACGAUGCUACCUCGUCACCCACGCACACCUGGACCACGUCAACGGCCUCGUGCUGUCCGCAGGCUCCGUCAAAGGUUUGCCAAAACGCGUCUACGGCCACCAGAAAACGCUCGAGGGCCUCGCGGGCAUCUUCGCAGGCGACGUCUGGCCCAACCUCGCGAGCUGGGAGGACGCAGAGCAGCCCGGGACCUGCCUCCUACUCUCUCCGAUACCCCCCGACGCCGGCUACACCCCCGUCGCGCGCGACCUCGCGGUGCGCGCCAUGCCCCUCAGCCACGGCGAGACCCCGGCGGGCGGGACGUACCCCUCCGCCGCGUUCUUCGUCCGCCACGCGCCCUCGGCCCGCGAGCUCCUCUUCUUCGGCGACGUCGAGCCCGACGCCGUCUCGCGCGCGCGCGGGGGCCCGCGCACGCUCGACGUCUGGCGCGCCGCCGCGCCCAAGGUCCCCCACGCGCUCCCCGCGCUGUUCAUCGAGUGCUCGUGGCCGGCGGGCCGCCCCGCGGACACCCUCUACGGCCACCUCGGCCCGGAGCACCUCGCCGCCGAGCUCGCCGCGCUCGCGCAGGAGGUCGCGGGCGUGCGCGAGCGCGAGCAGGCGCGCGCGCGGGAGGGCGAGCGGCCGAACGGGGCGCGCAAGAAGAGGCGGCGGAACACGGACGCGGCGCCGGACGCGCGGGGCGCGCUCGCGGGUCUGACGGUGUACGUGAUCCACGUCAAGGACGACCUCCAGGGCGCGUUCGACGAGCCGAUACACGAGGUCGUUGCGAGGCAGGUGCGUGAGCUCGUGGAGGCGAAGGGUCUCGGGGCGGAGAUUAUUGCCGCGGAGCAGGGCAUGCACAUAUUGACUGACAUCCGCUUCGCAGCGAUAUAG